UAUUUCGAUUGGCGUUUAUUAGUUUGCUCCCCUGGUUUGCUCGUCGGUUGCUUCUUGUCGGACCAUUUUCUGUUGUUUUCAGAUGAAUAAUAGUUAAACACUUUACACUACGUUGUACGCGUUGCCGUCAGUCUGCACUCGUCUUAAUUCCGGUAUUCAGUCAGUUCAGUUUUCAUUUUUCUUCGAUUCCGCCCGCUGGUUGAAUAUUAUCUCGUCGCCAUUGAUCUAUUUUCAGUUUUAUUCGCAAGACUCUUCAACAUGAGUUCCAAAUCAAAAGAAGUUGAAAAACACUCAACGGAUUCUAGUUCUGAAGCUGAAGAACAAGAGGAGGAAUAUUCUGUGGAAAAAAUUUUGGAUAAGCGUAUUAGAAAUGGCAAGGUGGAGUAUUUUCUUAAAUGGAAUGGUUACAGUGAUUCAGAUAAUACUUGGGAACCUGAAGAAAAUCUUGACUGUGAAGAAUUAAUCAAGGAUUAUGAAGAAAAGUUAAAACAUCCGGAACUUAAAGAAAAGAAAAAAAAGGAACAACCUGAGCGUACCCGUAAACGAACAUUGUCUAAUUCGACUGCUACAAGUGGCGCAUCAUCAGAUGCUGGUCCAUCUAAAGAACGUAGAAAGAUAUCUCCUCUACCGAAUAAAAAAGUCGAUAAAUCUGAUAAUAAGUCUGAUAAGUCCGACAAGUCUGAUAAAUCUGAUGAUACCGAAGAUAAUGAUGAUAACGAUAUGGAUAACGAUAGAGCUGAUGAUGAAGAUAACAGUUUGUCAGAGGAAAGGGAUAAUGAUGUUUCUGAUUCUUCGACUCCCCCUGAAAAAAUAGCAGAAAAAAUUAUUGGUGCAACUGAUUCUAGCGGCCAAUUGAUGUUUUUAUUAAAGUGGAAAGGAAUUGAAGAAGCUGAUUUAAUCUCUGCUAAAGAGGCUAAUAUAAUGUGCCCACAAAUUGUUAUCCAGUUUUACGAAGAAAGACUUACAUGGCAUGCUCCUGAAAAUAAAAAUGGUAUUUAACUAUUAUAAUAUAAGGAUGACAAGUGUUCAAAAAGAAACUUUUUUAAUAUUAA